AUGGCUCCAGUCAAGGUCUACGGCAUGAACAUGUCGACGUGCACCAAGAGGGUGCUCACAACUCUCGAGGAGAAGGCCGUUACGGACUACGAGGUGGUUACCGUGGAUCUCGCGAAAGGGGAGCACAAGUCGGAAGAGUUCACGAAGAAGCAGCCUUUUGGAAUGAUUCCCUAUCUCGAUGACGGGGAGGUUCAGGUCUUCGAAUCACGUGCCAUCGCUCGUUACAUCGCUGAGAAGAAUUCCAGCCAAGGCACCGACCUUCUCGGCUCCACUCUCAAGGAGCGUGCGCUGGUGAGCCAGUGGUUGGAGGUGGAGGCGCAGAACUACAACCCGCCGCUCUCAGCGCUGAUCGCCGAGAAAGUGUUCAAGCCCAUGUUCGGUGGGGGCGAGCCCGACCUGGCCAAGGCAGAAGAGCUCAAGGCCAAAUUGUCCAAGGUGCUUGACGUGUACGAAGCCCAUCUGGCCAGCAGCGAGUAUCUGGCGGGGUCCCAUUUCUCCCUGGCGGAUCUGUCCCACCUGCCCUACACCGCUCUGCUGUGGAUGUCGGGGGAUUCGGAUCUCAUCACUUCGCGUCCCAAUGAGAGGGGGCGCGGGGGAGACCUGGGGGAAGGGCGUGGGGAGGGGCGGGUUCGAGUGAAUCCUGCAACGUCUGAGAGCAUUGGCGUGAGGCGGGGGAAGGAGAGGCAGACACCGAAGCAGAAGCGAGUGAGCCGAGUGAAACGGAUGGUGCUACAGGCGAGACAGGCGCGCGGGGAGGGGGAGAUGGGCAUGGGGGAGGGGGAAAAGGGGGAAGGGGAGAAUGGGGAGGCGGAGGGCGAGGGGGAGGGAAUGGAAGAGAAGAUGAGGGAACGGGAGGGGUUGGGGGAGGAAGCGGGGGAGAGAGUGGGAAUGGGAGAGGGAGAGGAGGAGGAGGAGGAGGAGGAGGAGGAGGAGGAGGAGGAGGAGGAGGAGGAGGAGGAGGAGCAGGAGGAGGAGGAGGAGGAGGAGGGGAAGGGAGAGGAGGAGGAAGGGAAGGAAGAAGAGCGUGUGGUGCAUGGUGAUUGUGGGAAGUGUGGGGUUGAAGGGAGGAGUCGAGGAGGCACGGGAUGGUUGGCGCAUGAGAGGCGUGAAGGGGCGUGUGCGGUGGGGGUGGGAGAUGGGAGGGAGGGGCGAGAUGGGGGAGAGGCGAGGGAGGGACGAGAUGGGGGAGAGGGAAGGGUAAGGUUAGGGGAGGAUGGGACGGAGGGCAGGAACGAGGCGGCACGAGAGGAGGAAGCGGAGUGUAGGGAAGUGGCGAGGGAGGAGGGUCAGGGAGUGGAAGGGAGAGUGAACGAGGGGGAGGUGGAUGGGAAACGAGUGGGUAGGCGAAGGCGAGGUAGGAGAAAGGGAGGAGAAAAAGUGCAAGGGAGGGAGCAAGAAGGGGAGGCGAAGGGAGGGGAGGAGAGGGGAGGGGAGGAGAACGGAGGGGGGGAGAAGGGAGGGGAGGAAAAGGGAGGGGAAGAGAAGAUAGGGCGAGAAGGCAGCACGGUGAAAAGGCAAACGCAGCCGACCACUUACAUUGGCGUGGAGGCAUGCAGCAGGUACGCCCAGCAGGUGGUCACACCCGAGCUCAACGCGCUCGUGGCUGAAUUGCUGGCGGAGCUGCUGCGAUUUCAAAUCAGGGCGAAGCAGAAAGACCCAAUCAAGGUGAGAAUAAGGGGGAAUGGGCAUGCUUUUCCAAGGGGAAGUGGCAGUGUUGCUGGGGGAGCUGCUACGAUUCCAAGUCAGGGCGAUGCAGAAAGACCCAAUCAAGGGGGCUAUGAGGUGGCGUGUGCUGGCAGUGCUGAAGGAGGUGGGGGCAGGCGGUGCGCAGCUGAAGAGGAUUUCCCCUUCUCUCUCCCCUCUCCGAUUUCCCCCGCACGCACAGGGCGCGAUGCGGCAGCGUGUGCCGGCAGGGGUGAAGGAGGUGGGGUGGGCAGUGCAAGGCUGAGUGCGAUUCCCUCUCUCCCCCUCCACCCUAUCCCACAUAACCUCCCACGCUCAGGGAACAACGCAGCAGUGUGUGCCGGCAGGGCUGAAGGAGGAGGGGUGGGCAGUGCAAGGCUGAGGCUGAAGGAGGUGGGGCAGGCGGUGCGCAGUGGGAGGGCCAAGUGUGUUGUGCUGGCGCCUAAUGUGGAGGAGGUGCCUGGGGCAGUGCACAGGUGUGUGGUGCUGGCGCCCAAUCUGGAGGAGGUGCCUGGGGCAGGUGAGGAGAGGGAGGGGCAGGAGUGGGGGGUUGAGUGGGGGGGGGAAGAGAAUGGAAUGGCAGUUGUGGAGCAGGUGUGUGGUGUGGAGCAGGUGUGUGGUGUGGAGCAGGUGUGUGGUGUGGAGCAGGUGUGUGGUGUGGAGCAGGUGUGUGGUGUGGAGCAGGUGUGUGGUGUGGAGCAGGUGUGUGGUGUGGAGCAGGUGUGUGGUGUGGAGCAGGUGUGUGGUGUGGAGCAGGUGUGUGGUGUGGAGCAGGUGUGUGGUGUGGAGCAGGUAAGGAUGCGAUCUUGA